GGUUGAGGGGGACGGGACAGAGAACGAUUUGAUGCAGAAGCGCUGCUCAUGGGUGACGUAUUAGCGGCGGCUUCACUGCGUUCAACGUUCCGCAUCAUAAGCGAUCGGCUUUGUUCCGACCUAUAGCUGCGGCCUCACAGGUGGCAUCCUCUCUUGCUCCCUCAUAUGUCGAGACAAGCGGAGAUAGGAGAAAGAGGAAUGUAACGAGUUUUAAAUAGCAGGCACAUAAGACGUAAGGUCUACUAGAGUUCCCGCGUGUCCGUAGCUCUAAAGCUCUCUUUUUUUUUAUCCUUGAACGAACGACACGAAGAACAGGGUGUACGUGAUAUGCGUGUGUGAUACUUUGAUGGUCGCGGUUUCUUUGACUUGGCAAAUGCUACGAGCGCGGCCUGUGAGUUCACUUUGUUGUGUUUAUUUAGCUUUACAUUAGUAUGGGUGAACUCCGCGGUGGUGGCGGAUGAAUAUACACGAAUCGGAGUGUGAGUCACGUGGUGGGUGUACACCACGUCAUCCUUUUCUAUUUCUGUUUUUCUUUAAUUUCUUUUUUUCUUUGGAAUUCUCCGUCGAGCCCCCGUAUAAAAACUGAGCCGGGAACGGAAAGAGCAAGCUAUUUGGAUUUGGUUGCCCGGCAGCUCAGGAUUACGCGUUCUCGCAGAAUGAAGACGUCAGCCUUGUUCCUGACAGCCGUGCUGUUCCCGGCAGCCGUGUGGGCGGUGCCUGCGGUCCCGGCAAGCGCCGUGACCAACCGAUUCUUCAACGGUGAUGGUCAAGGAGCUUACCAGUACGGAUACGACUGGACGUUCCCGGCAGGCGAGGGUGCCUUCCAACGCGAGUCCGGAGAUGCCGAAGGACGCAAGCAGGGCUCCUACGGUCUCAAGGAUACCGACGGCAGAGUGCGCAUCGUCAGCUACGUGGCCGACGAAGGCGGCUUCCGAGUGAGCGUGUCCACAAACGAACCCGGAACGAAGCCGUCGUCUCCGGCGGAUGCCCUUUUCCAAGUGCCCCAGGGACCCUACCAAGCGACAACGUACGAAGCCCCUAAGGUGGAGAAGACCUCCCAGCCGAUCAGGCCACAGAGCAAGACCAAGCCCGCGACGUCGGAGAGUGUACCAGCGGUUCCUGUUGCCGCCACUGCGCCAAAAGUGGCGGUCACGGCUACGGCUCCCAGGCUGGUGUUCCCUGCAACCCUGCACUACCAUCCACAUCCUCACGGGCCGGUCAUCUAUUCGCACCCGACUGGUGUAAUUCCCGUGCACGGCAGGGUCGUGUAUGGAUUUUAAUGUUGUCUGACUGACAGCGCGACUGAAGCCUCAUUAGCUUGCUCAAGAUUAUGUCAGAUGAUAGCGCGAACAGAAAUUCAGAAAGCAGAGAAAAGCGGCUGGCAAGUCCGCGGGCACCCGAAAAUUUCGCAACUUGUUGAACACGUGCGGGAGUUUUCCCCGUACAGUCUUGAAGUCUAUCAAAGCGCGGCGUCUAUUGAUGUUCAUUGCAGAAAUUAAAUGCUUGUUGUUGUUUCGCAA